AUGCCUCAUAUCUUUCUAACUGGUGCCACGGGCUACAUUGGGGGCGAGGUCCUCCAUGUCCUGCAACAAGCGCAUCCCGAUUACGAAGUCACUGUACUGAUCAGAGAUGAGGGAAAGGCUGGCAAGGUCUCGGCUGCUUAUCCAAAUGCUCGCAUUGUUCUUGCCGAUUUGGACAAUGUCGACAUUAUCGAAGAAGAAUCACGCAAAGCCAACGUCGUCAUCCAUGCCGCAAGUAGCAAACAUAUUGAGAGUGUGAAGGCGAUCGUAAAAGGCCUAGAAGCACGUAAAGAUGGGUAUUACAUCCAAGUAACCGGAGCUAGCGUUCUGUCUGGCCCCGAGGUAGAUAACAACUCAUACGGUGAGCCCUCGGAUCAGAUUUUCGAUGAUUUGGACAAGGUCGCAGAUCUUCGAAACAUCAUUCGAGCUUAUAAGAGUCGCCGGGUGGUUGAUAAUUAUAUCCUCGACUUGGGCUUAAGUGGCCCUAAGACUGCUAUUGUCUUCCCUCCUAUCAUCUUUGGUACUGGAAAAGGUCCUGUGAAUCAGCGGAGCAUUCAAAUUCCGUCACUAUCCCGGGCCGCGCUGCAGCAACGUGUUGGUCUAUAUCUCAACAAAGGGCUAAGCCGAUGGGGUGUCAUCCACGUCUCUGAUUUGGCGACGCUCUUUGUGAAAUUGGUGGAGCAUGCUGUCAAUGAUACUCAAGUUCCAAUUUGGAAUGAGAAUGGCCUUUUCUUCGCAGAAAGUGGCUUUGAGAGCUUCAAGGCUAUUGCUGAAAUUAUUGCCAAAGAAGCACACAGCCUUGGCUAUAUCGACGCUCCUGACGCAGUGAGGUCCAUGGAUCUCGAAGAGGCAAAUGCAGUGAUACCAGAUGGAAUUGCAUAUCUGGGUACCAAUGGGCAAGGGCAAGCUUCGCGGGCUAGAAGAUUGCUAAGUUGGCAACCGAAGGGGGACUCUUUCCCAAAGGGAGUGCAUGAGGCCAUUGCUGCUGAAGCAGCGCGCCUGUAA